UAAUGUGAAUGGUGUGUGUAGGUGACUUAGUGUGGUGUAUGUAGUAAUGAUGGCGAGUGUGUCCCGUGUGUUGAGUCUGGCCGCUGCUACACGCUCCACGCUCCACGCCUCCAUCAUGUCUCUCGCCAAGAUGCCUAAACUGAGUGAAAGAUUAGUCUGGGUGGAUCUCGAGAUGACGGGCUUAGAUGUAGAAAACGAACAAAUAAUGGAAGCAGCAGUGAUAGUGACAGACAGUGAACUAAAUAUUGUGGCAGAGGGCCCCAACCUUGUACUGAAGGUUGAGGAUAAGGUGCUGGAUACCAUGAAUGAUUGGUGCAAACAGCACCAUGGAGAGUCUGGGUUGACAGAAGCAUGUCGGAAAAGCACCAUAACCCUCUCGGCAGCAGAGGACCAGCUGUUCCAGUUUAUUGUUCAGCACACAGAUAAGGGCAAGGCUCCUUUAGCUGGCAACUCGGUGCAUUCGGACAAAAAGUUCCUGGAUAAAUACAUGCCUAAACUGAUGAAGCACCUCCACUACCGUAUUGUUGAUGUGUCAACAGUCAAGGAGUUGUGUAGACGUUGGUAUCCGGAAGAGUUUGCUGCAGCUUCUAAGAAGAAAGUGGCUCAUAGAGCUCUAGAUGAUAUUAAAGAAAGUAUUGAAGAGCUUAGAUAUUAUAAAGCGACAGUAUUCAAAUGACGUUGAGAAAGUAUAUAAUCUUCAUUCUUGUUUUGUUAUCUGGUCAAAUUAAAUCAUUAAAAAAAAUCAAAUGC